AUGUGGAAGUACUUUUACAGUGCCAGUACAUAUAAAUGGUUAGACGUCCUUCAAGACUUAACUGAUAAUUACAACAGUUCAGUGAAUAGAUCAAUUAAAACAACACCGGACAGUGUAAAUGAUUCCAACUGGACUGAAGUAUGGAAGACACUUUUUAGUCACAAUUUAGGCAAGCCAUCAGAACCAAAGUUUGCUGUCGGAGAAAGUGUUAGAAUUUCAAAGUACAAAUCAGUGUUCACAAAAGGGUAUGAAGCAAACUUCACAGAGGAAUUGUUCACUGUGACGGAAGUGUAUCACGGUCAUCCAAACACGUACACAAUAAAAGACAGUGCUGAUGAACCAAUAAUUGGUAGAUUCUAUGAACAAGAACUGUAUAGCGCUGAAGGAAGGGAACCUGAUUUCAAAAUAGAGAAAGUACUACGGAGAAGAACUGUGAAGGGUAAAAAGAUGGCCCUCAUUAAGUGGUUAGGUUACGAUGACAAAUUUAAUAGUUGGAUACCAGCUGGAGACAUCAAGUCCCUAACAUAA